AUGAUUCGAUCGAGUUUCAUCUGUUGGGUCGGGGCACUUGUCUCGGUUUGCUUGGGACAAGAAGCGGGAUGGAUUCCAGAUCAGGUAAAUACGACGAUGUGUUACUGGACAUCGCCCCGAGCGGCGGUGGUGCGAGAUACAUUUUAUCUCGAUGGGGGAGAACUGUUUUGGGAGCCUGGCAUGAAUGAUGGAUCAUAUGACGAUCCGAGACCUGAUGGAAAUCCUCUUGGAAUCGUAUACCUCCUCAACUUUAACACUUCCUUUCAUAUAUCCGACAAUAUCACUUCCAUAUUUACAAAGAUAUCGAAGGCCCCAAAUGGAGGAACUGCCAGUAACCUGGGUCCGAACUAUGUCGAUGGAGCAAUGCUUGGAAACGACUACGAAUGGUAUACAUAUGGCGGAUUGUUGGUUCACACAGAUGCCUUUUCCCCGCCGGACGAGGAUUCCGCCAUAUCAUAUGAAGUUUACUCGGAUGAUACUCCUAUGAAACAAUUUUUCAAAGGCUUCGCACAAGUCAAACUACCAACAAACUUAACAAGAUAUGUUACUUAUGGGGGAGCCGUCAGUAUCCCAUCCGAAAACUUGGGUUACUACUUUUCAGGUUACAGAGCCGCAAGUUUUGGGAAUAUUUAUAAUGACCCAGGCGUAUUAAAUGCAACCUACCUUGCGAACGUGACAUCUCAAACUUUGAUUAGUGUUGAUAUGACGAGUCAAACCACCCCGAAGUGGUCUAACGACUCCCUACCAUCGACUGUACCAGGUCGAGCUAACCCUGAAAUUGCCUGGGUUCCCGUUUCGGAUCAAGGAAUACUAGUCGCAGUUGGUGGAGCCAUCGAUCCUAUCUAUGCUAGUAUCGACCAGGCAAACAAUGCAUCCAUCAAAGCCCAAAGUAGUCGAAUAAGUCUGGGUUUUAUGAACACUGUCUCCGUUUACGACAUCGCCAAGAAAGUUUGGUACGAACAAGAAACAUCGGGAAAUACUCCUGGGGCUUUGACCCAAGGAUGUACCGUGGUCGCCUCAGCCGAAGAUGGUUCAAGCCAUAAUAUAUAUUGGUACGGAGGUUAUGAUGGCCUUAAUGCUGCACAACCUUUCUCGGAUGAUGUGUAUGUUCUUUCAAUUCCUUCCUUCAUAUGGACGAAAGUUUAUACUGGAAACGAUACUCAUGGCCGGGCUGGACAUAAAUGUGCCAAGCCAUAUCCAGAUCAAAUGGUCAUUGUAGGUGGAUACGCUUCUCUCAGUGGCAAUAUACCGCCCUGUCUCGAGGGAGGGAUCAUACAAAUAUUCAAUCUCAGUGAUCCUCAAUGGCUCGAAUCCUACGACCCUUUGAUAUGGAACAAUUAUACUGUACCCAACCAGGUUGUGUCUGUAAUUGGAGGUUCUGGAACUGGUAGCGCUACACAAACCGAACCUUCCGGUGGUUUCACGAAUUCAAGCAUGACAACUCUCCUAGGAAGUGCCUACAAUACGACUAAGAUCAUCAAUUGGUAUCCAUAUACUCCAGCUUCAUCGACUCCUCCAAAAAAUCGAACAACACUACUUCCUACAGCAGUUGCCGCUAAAUCAGGAACUCCUGCAUAUCUAGGACCUGUUCUAGGUGUCGUUCUAGGUCUCUUCUUCAUCACACUCGUCAUCUUAGCCUUCAUAGUUUAUCGCCGUCGCAAAAUUUUCAGUGGUACCAGAACAGAUCCGCAAAGUGAAGCUGGGACAUUGAUUGAAAACCGUCGUCGAACUCUCCGCUGGCUUAAUACUACUCGUAAAGAAGCAAAAGCCCCCACCGUCACAACAGAUGCAACAGAAGUAAACGCAGUAUCCUCAGAAGCUGAUACUGAUCAUACGCGGGUAUUUGCUGAAAUGCCUGGUGAUGCUCAGUUCCAUGAAAUGGAUGACACCUCACGACCAUUCGAACUACACAACACAGGUUUCAUACCUUUCACGCCCAAAUCCAACGUUUACAAUAAUGUCUCUCUCAAUCAAUCACCCGUCGCCCAUUCUCCCUCUGCAGGCUCCAACCGCUCGCACGCUAGCACAGUUUCGAGAAGCUCAGGUCCAAGACCAUCACCUACUUCUCCCGCACGCGCAGAUAGUUUGACGUUGAAUGAAAAUGCUGGGAGCGUGCCACGGGAGAGAAUCCAUAGCGACCUAAGUAGCGUGACGGAAAGUGAUAGGAGUCACCUAAGACAGAUUAGUGAUGUAAGUGUCAGUGUAGAUGGAGAUUAUGCGAAUCUUCCAACGCCGGAAAUCAUAGUAGAGAUGCCGGAUGAGGAUAUGCAUAGGUAUGUGGCUGGGGCCUCAGGAGUCGUUAGUCCAUUGACGCCGCCGCAGGGAGUGGGGGAGGGCAGAACUCAUUAUUUUGGUCCGGAUAGUGUGGGUGCUGGGGAUGGGCGUGAGGGUCAAUAUUCGCAGGGAAGUGCAAUCCCAGUUCCGGCGCCAGCGCCUGAUACGAAUACGAGGAGAAGAAGUAAUUUUGAGGAGAAGUUGGAUGAGUAG